GUUCACGGUCUAGGUCAACAAUCCGCGUAACUUCAUAUCCUGCCCGAAGAGCCAUCACCAUCAAGAAGUCGGUGAAGUCAGCUCCAGAAAGUGAUUGAGCGUGUCGACGAGCUAAAGCGGAAAAUUGGAGUGAAUUAAUUUCUUGCCACACUAUUCCCCGCCGCAUUUGUUACCUUUAUGGAGUCUUCUGUUAGAAAACGUCAUUUCGAAUCGCAGUACAGAAGCCGACACAGGACAGGGCAGCCCGUAACGGAACAGCGGAGCAAUGAAGCCACCGUCGGAAAUAGCUGAAACACCGUUUGCUGCUCCGAAUGUGGAGCGAAACCAGAAGCUGGACAAAUCUCGCGUCAUCAAUCCGCACCUGGUGCUGCUGAAGGCUACCUUAUUCCUGAUCUUCGGUGCUUUCUCCUCUCUGGUCCCUUACCUAACUGUGCAUAUGCAAAGUAUUGGGCUGACGGUUGGCGAAAUUGCGACCGUUUAUUUGACUCUGCUUUUCACGACCUGCCUUUGUCCUCCGAUUAGUGGAUAUAUUGUCGAUCGAUUUGGCCAGUACAAACCGGUACUUAUGGUCUGCCUGGUGCUAAACAUUGUCGCUCAUCACUCGCUGGAUCUGAUUCCACGACGUCAGCCGUUCGAGUUGGUAACAGUGCGGCCACGGUUGGUUUUCCUAGCGGCAGAUAAAGGAAAUAUUUACUUGGACCAGCCCUGCAGUCAAUCGGGAUGUCCCACAGCUUCUGUACUCCAGCAAAAGUUACGCCAGGAUUGCCCAAAUGCCGCUCAAAAUAACACACCGAUUGAACUCAUCGCUGUUCAAAGCGAUAAUUCCAACCGUUCCUGUGGAUCAGUAAUGGUCGAUGAAUGCAUCCUAGAAUUGCUAGUGAACAGUUCCAACCCACCGAUUAGCGUCCAAUGCGAACUGUCAAAUGAAUACGACCGAACAUUUUGGUACUACUUGAUGAUUCGGUUUUGUGCCACCACCAUGCUGACUGCUACCGUCACCAUUGUCGAUCCGAUGGCAUUGACUAUGAUCGAACAACACGGAGGAGACUUCGGGCGUGAGAAGUUAUUUUCAAGUCUUGGAAUGGCGAUCUUUACCCCGCUCACGGGCUUGCUAAUCGAUUAUUUUUCUGACGGGGAUAGAACUACAAAUUAUCAGCCCGCCUUUUACACCUAUGACAUUCUGAUGGCCUUAUCUUUAAUUGCUGUUUUGUUUUUACCCAUCGGCCAAAAGUUACCGUCGGAAAAUAUCAUGAAACACCUAUUCGAGAUAUUACAACACCCUCACGUAUUAGUGUUCAUCUUUUUCCUAUUCUUCAUGGGCAGUUUCUGGGGAUUUAUAGAAAGCUAUAUGUUUGUUAUCAUGAAAGAGAUGGGUUCACCCAACUAUUUACUUGGACUAACCUAUACAGUUGGAACUGUCACCAGCGUACCUAUGAUGUACCUGACAAAUCCCAUCACCAGAAAGGUUGGACACGUAAAUCUGCUGGUGAUAGCUUUCUUCGCACAUGCCACAAGAAUUCUAGGAUACUCCUUUAUUCAUAAUCCCUUCUGGUGUUUUCCAAUCGAAUUAAACGAAGCGAUUUCUUGCUACUUUAUGUGGGUGGUAGCCACCACAUAUUGUGCCGUUUUGGCACCCAACAGUCUGGUGGCAACGUUGAUCGGUGUCGCCGGGAUGGCCCACUUCUGUCUCGGGAAAGGAGUUGGAUCUUUCGCCGGAGGUUUUCUGAUAGCGCAAUUCGGCACAAGGAUGGCAUUCCGUUAUAUGGGCUAUUUUGCUGUUUGCUGUGGUCUUACCUACAAAUUUUUGCAUCUGGCAUGGUUGAAAAAGUACGACAAGCACCAGGUAGCGGAGACUGAAGAUCAUGGAACUGUGGAGAAGAAAGUUUGAAUAACUGUCGGUUAGAUUGUCGGUUUUGUAAAUGAAACGAAACAAUAUUUAAAUGAACCUCCUAUGUAAAGGAAGGAUAUUAA